AUGGGUUGUCGAGUAUCCAAUGUUGCACCUCACAUGUCCUAUUCUACUAAGAUUCAAGAAGCUAAAGAAGGACAAUCUGAAAUUAGAAGAAAUGUGAAAUAUACUACUCAAUUACUCUCUGUUCCUGAAUAAGGGGUUCUGAAUUUACAGGAUUUAUUUUCUAAAAGUGCUGAGAGAUAUGCUGCAAAAUAAUGCUUAGGUUCAUUUAUUGGAGACGAUUUCUCGUUUAUGACUUACUCAUAAGUUUAGGAAGAAGCCAUCCAUUUAGGAAGUGGGUACAUAUGCAUUAGAGAUUACUUAGUAUUAAGACUUGGGGUCUGGCAAACGAAGUUAAUGAAUAUAAGAAUUAUAAGAUGAAAUUGAUAGGAGUGUUUGGUAAAAACAGAAGAGAAUGGGUUAUUCUUGAUAUUGCAAAUAUACUAUACGGAUAUACUAUGGUUCCUUUUUAUGAUACUUUAGGUAAACUUCUUUAAUAUUGAAUUAUAGGUCCUGAGUCAAUCCCAUUCAUCUUAAGCCAGACUAAUAUCGAGACAAUGUUUCUGAGUGCUGAUGCAACCAAAUCAUUGCUAAAAUGUAAAGAUAAAGGCAAAUUAUUAAAUUUGGUUCUAUUUGAUCCACUCACCGAAGAAUUAGAGAGAGUAUUACUAUCUGUGCAAAUUAGGAAUUGAAAACUAAAGGAUAUAAAUUAUUUAAAUACGAAGAUGUCGUAUAAAAUGGCAAAAUUCAAAUAUAACCGCUUGCUCAAAUCUAUCCUGACACUAUGUAUACCAUCUGCUAUACUUCUGGAACUACCGGAAAUCCAAAAGGAGCUUUGAUAACUCAUGCCAAUUUUGUGUCAGCCGUGGCUAGCACUUAAAUUACAGAUGCACGAAUAACUGAUAAUGAUGUCCAUCUAUCUUAUUUGCCAUUGCCGCAUGUUAUGGAGAGACUAAUAGUAAUAUCCUUAUUAUAUGUCGGUGCUUAAAUAGGGUAAUUACAAGUCCAUAUUUUUAGAUUUUAUAGAGGAGAUCCAAAUUUACUAAAGGAAGAUAUUUUAAAAUUAAGACCUACUAUCUUUGUAUCAGUUCCUAGGCUUUACAAUAAAUUCUGUGAUGGAAUCAAGGCUAAAAUUUCAGAAGUCACAGGAUUAAAGAAGGCUUUUGUUGAUUAAGCUAUUAGUUCUAAAUUAUCAGCUCUGAGAUCCGAAGCAAGAUAUACAAAUUCGUUAUUUGAUAAGGCCUUUGAGGGAGUCAGACAAUUAUUUGGAGGCAGAUGUAGAUUGAUGGUCACAGGAUCAGCCCCAAUUCAAUAAGAUGUUAUUGAUUUUUUAAAAAUUGCCGCUUGUUGUCCAAUUUUAGAAGGUUAUGGCUAAACAGAAUCUUCUGCUCUAUCAUUCUCAACUGCAGUAUGGGAUCCAGUAUCCUCUCAUUUAGGUGGACCGGCAGCUAAUACUGAAUUCAAAUUAGUUGAUGUUCCUGAAAUGAAUUAUACUGCUAAAGAUACUAUAACAGUUCGUAGAGGAGAUAAAGAUGAAGUACAACCAACCCCAAGAGGAGAAAUCUGUUUAAGAGGACCUGGUGUUUUUGUGGGGUACUAUAAGGAUCCUUAGAAAACUGCAGAAGCUCUGGAUUCAGAGGGAUGGUUACAUACAGGUGACAUAGGAAUGAUCACUGAAUAGGGAGGCGUCAAGAUUAUUGAUAGAAAGAAGAACAUUUUCAAAUUAUCUUAAGGAGAGUAUAUAGCACCAGAGAAGAUUGAGUCCGUUUACAAUAGAGUCCCAGGAGUAGCAGAAAGUUUUGUUUAUGGAGAUUCUCUUUAAAAUUAAAUAGUAGCUAUUAUAGUCCCUUAAAGUGAAUAUUUACAGAAAUAGGCAGCUUAGAUGUAAAUUUUAGGGAGCUUAUAGGAAUUAUGUCAAAAUUAAAAGAUGAUUGAUUUGAUUUAACAAAAUAUUGAAACUUUUGGUAGAUAAAAUCAACUCAAUUCAUUGGAAAUAGUAAUUUAAUUAAAAAUAUGAUUAGGCAAAAUUAAUAUAUUUAGAACCUUAACCUCUUUAAAAUUUAGGAUGUCUCACUUCCACUUUAAAAUUGCAAAGACAUGUUGCCAAAUAAAUAUUUUCUAAAUAAAUUGAAAAUUUAUAUAAAUAAAAAGUUUGA